AUGGCUGAGUAAGAAUAAUUAGAAUAAACUGAACAUUAGGAAGGACAGACUGAAAAUACUGAAAAAUAAACUUAGAAUAAUAAAGAGAAGGAUUAAAAAAAAUAAAAGCCUAUUGUAUAAGCUAGAGAGGCUCCUUCUGAAGAUGCAUUGAUAUUUGACUUUGAAGUAUGUUAAAAUUGUUAAGAACAUGCUUGGUGCACACAUCAUGAUGAAGAAAAAUAUGUAAAGUUAUACAUCGAAUGUUAAUAAUGUAGUUGUUAAUUAAUUCUUAAUAGUAAUUGAAAGUUCUAUUCCUAACAGUUAUUGUACUUUCAAUUAAGGAAUUGUACCUAAUACAGGAUCAUUUGAGAUUAGACAUAAAGGUUAAUAAUUUAUCAAUAAUAUUUAGGCAUACUAAUUUAUUCAAAGAAGAAUACAUAAUUAUUUCCAUAACCUCCUCUUUUGGUUGAAAGACUGAAAAAAUUCCUAGAUGAUCUUGAAAAUAAGAGAGAUGUUACUAAAUGGUCAACAAAAAAGGAAGUUAAGUACUAACCUCCAAAAUAAAAAAAAGAAAGAGAAACGUUUCAAACUUAUAUGAAAAAAAGAGAAGAAGAAGAAAGAAGAUAGAAAGAAUAAAAAGAAUAAGCCAGAAUUUAAGCUGAACAAGAAGAAUAAAAAAAAAGAGAAGAAGAAUAAAGAAGAUAAGAACAAUUAUAAAAAGAAGAGGAAGAAAGAAAGAAAAAAGAAUAAAUGGAAGAGGAAACAAGAAAAUUAGAGUUAGAAAAAGAAGAAAAUGAAAGAUUAGCUGAAGAGAAAAAAAGGAUGGAAUAAUAAGAAUAAGAAUAAUAAGAUAAAUAAUAGGAGAAUUAAUAGGUUACUAAUAACUAAGAAUAAAAUUAAUAAGUAGAAUGA